AUGUCAGAUCCUGGAAAAGAGACCCUCCAUGACACCGAAAAACAACUCCCCGACAAUGACUCCGCCACCGAUCAUCUCGGCGAGAUCCGUCUGGUCAAACAGGGUCUCCACCAGCGACAUAUCCAGAUGAUUGCGCUGGCCGGGACCAUUGGCACUGGACUCUUCCUUGGCUCUGGACGUGCCAUUGCCCGCUCGGGGCCUCUUGGAGCCCUACUAGGGUACACCAUCGUCGGCCUGGCCGGCUCAACCGUUGUGUUUGCCGUCGGCGAGAUGGGGGCUCUGGUUCCGCUGAAUGGGGGCGUGGUCCGCUACGCCAUGCUCUUCCUCGACCCGGCGCUGGCCUUUGCAAACGGCUGGAACCAGGUCUAUUCGUACCUAGUCUCGAUUCCCGCGGAGCUCUCCGCGGCGGCCGUCAUCGUCGAGUUCUGGGUGACGGUCAACAAUGCGAUCUGGAUUACGACGUUUGGAUUGCUGAUGCUAGCGACCGCACUGCUGUUUGUACGCGUGUACGGAGAGCUCGAGUUCGGGUUCUCAAUGAUCAAGAUCAUGCUCAUCAUCGGCAUCAAUAUCAUGGCGCUGGUGAUCACCUGUGGAGGCGGGCCGGACGGGCAGAGCAUCGGAUUCAGAUACUGGCGGAAUCCCGGCCCGUUCGUGCAGUACCUGGACAUCCCGGGCUCGUGGGGCCAGUUCCUAGGGUUCUGGACGACGCUCAAUAACGCGCUGUACGCGUACUCUGGGAUGGAGAACAUCACCGUCGCGGCGGCGGAGACCCGGUGUCCGCGGCAGGCAAUCCCCAAAGCGGCGCGACGGAUCUUUGCCCGUGUGUUUCUGUUCUAUAUUCUGUCCAUCUUCAUGGUCGGCAUGGUGGUUCCCUCCAAUGACCCCACCCUGCUUCGGUCUACCGGCAAUGCGUCCCAGUCGCCGUUUGUCAUUGCCGCCCGGCGCGCAGGCAUCCAGGCCGUCCCAUCUAUUAUUAACGCGGCGGUGCUGACCUCUGCCUGGUCCGCGGGGAAUUCCAAUAUGCUCGGUGGCUCUCGCAUCCUCUUCGGGCUGGCCAUGCAUGGACACGCCCCUAGGCUUUUUACUAGGGCCAGCCGGUUCGGGGCGCCGUAUGUGGCUGUCGUCCUGAUCGGCGUCUUUAUGGGGCUCGGCUACAUGACGCUGUCGAACUCGGCCAGCACCGUUUUUACCUGGCUGCAGGACAUCGUCUCCAUUUCAACUCUCGUGAACUGGAUGUGUAUCUGCAUUAUCUACCUGCGGUUCCAGUACGGGUGCCGGAAGCAGGGAAUCGACCGGCACAAGGAGCUACCGUGGGCGGCGCCACUGCAGCCGUACCUGACGUGGUUUGCGCUCGUAUUGUUUACACUGCUGUUGUUCACUGGAGGGUAUAGCACGUUUAUGCGGGGCCACUGGGAUACAGAGACGUUUGUCUCGUCGUAUUUGAAUAUUCCGAUCAUUCUGGGGUUGUAUUUUGGGUAUAAGCUGUGGGGGAAGACGGCGAUUGUGCCGCUGGAGGAUAUUCCCAUCCGGCCGUUUAUCCAGGUGUACCGGGACGAGCCUGAGCCAGAGCCAAAGAGGAGGACUUGGUGGAGGCGCUUGAAUAUUCUAUGGUCAUAG